AUGUCUUCGUUUAACGAAUCCAGAGUCGGGGGAAGUUUGUCCGGUUUGAUCGGUGUUGGUGGGGCGGGUGCCGUCGGUAGUGAACCAUUGUGUCUGCAGCGCAAAAGUUCCUGGGUACGGGAGUACCGAGAUCUGCAAGCAAACGUAAUGUCCGUCGAUUGGACCGGAUCGUGGAUACUGUUGGCAGGUCGGCGUUUGCUCGCCCUGCAGUCGUUGCGUGACUAUGAAGCGACGGACGCCAGUAAUCCACGGAUGGAUGAUACGAUUGAUUGCGGUUUGCGAAAGUUCCAGCGCCACUCGAAAUAUGAAGUAACGGCGGCCGAAUGGGCCAUCUGCCAGAACAGUCAGGAGUACUGUGCGAUCGCAACCUGCCAGCAGAUCGAGGUCGUCACGUGGCGGUCCGGCGAGCCAACCCUGCAGCACUCGCUUCGAGCGCACACCCGAAUGAUAACGGACAUCGAUUGGCACUCGAAGGUGCCGCACCUUCUGGCCAGUUGCUCGAUCGACACGUUCACGCAUCUGUGGGAUCUGCGGGACCCCCGGAAGCCUGUACUGUCGCUGAGUGCGGUCUGUAUGUCCGGUGCCAGUCAGGUGGGUUUUAAUCGGGUCUCGGGGAACCUGGUCGCCACGGCCCACGAUGGCGACCUGCGCAUCUGGGACCAGCGCAAAGGUUCGUGUCCGAUACAGUACAUCACGGCACACCUGUCGCGUAUCCACGGUAUCAACUGGAGCCACGAUCACGAGACGAGCCUGUCCACCGCUAGCCAGGACGGUACGGUGAAGUACUUCGACAUUAAUAACCCGCGCCGGGCGGAGAAAAUCAUCACGACGUCCUGUCCAGUGUGGCGGGCCCGAUAUACCCCGUUCGCGGACGGUUUGGUCACGACCAGCGUUCCGCAGCAGGGACGCGGCGAGAACAGUCUCCUGAUGUGGAAUAACUCCAAGCAGGACGCACCCAUUUGCGCGUUGGUCGGGCAUACGGACGUGGUGCUAGACUUUGCCUGGGGCCGUAAGAACAUACACGAUCCGGAACUGAUUACGUGGUCGCGCGAUCAAACCAUACGGAUAUGGCGCAUCGACGAGGAAGUUCGGAAGUUGUGCGAACGCUACCCGCCGGACGAUGACGACGGAUUUAUGAUCGAGGAGGGCGGCAGCAACGCUGGUAGUGUUGGGCUUCCUCCAGGUGGCAAGUUUGCCAUGUCGGGCUGCCCGAAGAGUCCGAUGCGCGAAAAGCAACCGUCGGUUUCGUUGCAGCACGAAUUUUCACUGCUAAAUCCAAACAUUCCGCAUAUCGACAUUGAGGUGUUGGAUCCCAUCAAGCGUACCGCUACGGUACGAAUCUCCGUGAAUGGGUACGUGAUAAUGUUGCAGGUAAACUUCCCGGCCCUCUACCCAAACAAUGGCACCGUGCCGGAGUUCCACUACUGCCAAGGAACGUCACUGGACGACGCACUUUCGGUGACGCUGAUGAAGGUUCUUCGGACCACUGCUAGUCAGCGGGUGAAGAAGGGCCGUACGUGUCUCGAGCAGUGUUUACGUGCGCUGGUGAAUCAGCUGAAGAAAUCGUUCAAUAAUGGCGAUCGUCAUCUGCGGUUACAGUCACCCCGAUUGGAAGGUGCACUGAGCAGUGCACUGCAUGAUGCUUGUGUGCCAUUUCCUAAAACCUCUGGGGUUAGGUUUAGUCAGGUGGGAAUUCUCGUGACGUUCUCACGGCCACUAAAUACGAAGCGCAUUAGCUUGAAGCAACAAAAUACCACUCCGAGAGCACUUUCCGCAUUGAGCGGUGGUUAUCUGGGCAAUGUUAUGGGUUCGCAACCGAUUCUUUAUGCUCAUCGAGAUCCUAGUACAUCUUCGUUUUAUCUACCGGAUAGGAAAUCUUCUCGACAUCGAGGAUCGUCGGUUAAAAUCAACGUGUCUCCCGUGCACGUGUACGACGUGUCGAAGAUACUGUACGUUAGCCGUGAGCUAGCCGAGAACUACAUCAUCAGCACGACGAAUGUGGCCGAAAUGUGUCGCCAUAAUCGUGCGGCAGCAGAAAAAUACGGUCGCCCGGAUCUGGUACAGUGUUGGUCCCUCGCUGAAAUGAUCGCUCAGCCGAGCACGGAGUUCGAAACUGAUGACGACAUGCUGUGUGCACAGAACCCAUUCGCUAAGAGUCUUCUCGAGUCACUGAUUCAUCACUUUGCACGCAUACACGAUGUGCAGACGGCAGCAAUGCUUUGCUGCGCGUUCGGUCGGCACUGUCCAUCGGCGCUGGAGCUUUCGAUGAGUUCCAGUUCGAGCAGCAAAUCAAUUAACCAAAGUCACUUACUUAGCGGUCAUCGAAAAAUUAAGCCUAGCGGAUCACCUUACCACACGAUACUGCCGGUGGAUCCGUCUUCCAACCAGGGCUGGAUAUUGGCCCAGCAGCUCAAGCAUCUGCGCAGCAACUCGUGGUCCGAUUCGCUGGACGACAUACGACUCGGUCCAAGCGCGUCGGUCGGGUUCGGCGGUGACAUCAACAAAAGUUUGCUGGGCGAUAGCAAUCGCUAUCUGUACGAUAACUUCAAGCGCAGCUACGCGGAAAUGUUGUACCGUUGGGGUUUACUGGUGCAGCGGGCCAAGGUGCUGAAAUACCUUUCGAACUACGUCGAUACGCCCCGUUGCGUAGAGUUUGUGACGGAAUGCUUAAACUGCUGUCGGGUCGGUGCACCGGCCUGUGCGUCCUGUAAGAAACCGGUGCUGUAUUGCAGCCUGUGCCGGUUGCCCGUAAGGGGUGCGGCUAACGCUUGUCUCCACUGUGGCCACGGUGGUCACACGGAGCAUAUGCGGAUAUGGUUCGAAAGGCACGACGUUUGUGCGACCGGAUGCGGAUGUCCGUGUUUGAGCAAAAGCUCAAAGCUUUGUAAUUUGUAG